AUGGAGACACCGGGAGAUGCGCUCGAAACGCGCAGAUCCAACGCAGAGGCAGUGGUGAUGGACUUGAGUCCUCAGUCCCGAGACGCCAGGCAUUCGACCAUCGAGUACGAGUACGAUCAGAAGACCUUUGAAGAGUACAUGCGGUGUUUGCAAGAGGUUCAGCCGCUGCGGGUGUUCGCGGAUGAGCUCACCAUCGAGCUGCCGCCCAAUGCCACGGGUUGCGAGCUCUACAUGCGCGACUUGUCCGUCGCAGACUGCCUGGAGGAUGGUAAGCUGAUAAUGGAACGGGCCAGUCGCUUCGGCGAUGUGAAGGACCUGUACCUGCUUCGACAUGACGGCCAACCGACAGGGCAGGGCUACGUGCGCUUCUCUUCGAGCACUCAAGCCCGAGCUUUUUUCGAGGCUUACGGGGCCUGCGCAGGGGAGGACGAGAUCUUCUCCUGGUCUGUGAGCGAGAGGCUUCAGGCGCCUGGCGACGGCAUGUCCGUGCUGGGCAGCAUCGACCAGAGCUUUUUGCAGUGCGUCGCCGAAGCAGCCAAGGUCAAGAGCCUUUGGCUGCUUGCGGAGGGCAGAGCGCCCGUGGGCGUGGGCCCGAAGGCACCGAAGCCGCAGGCGAAGCAGCUGCAUUUUUGCAGCGAUUGCAAAGUUUCAGAUCUGCCAAGACUGCAGUUGCAGCUGCAGAAGGCCUUAUCGGUCGCCAACCAGCCGAAAGAGGCAGCAGGAGAGCCUCCAGAGGACGUGUGGGUUCUGGUUGGACGCCUCCGUGAUGAGGCCAUGCGCCUAUGCUGCUGCAGCAGGGUGUCCACCAGCACUUCAAGCUGA